AUGUCCGCCGACGACCCCGCCAAGAACCACUUCGCCGCACCGGUGACGACGACGCAGAUCACCGCCGGUCCCAACGAGGAUGAACUCGUGAACCAGGGCCUCCACGAAAUCGAGGCGCGCAAGGUGCACUGGUGGAGCUACUUCACCACGCUCGAUUUCUGGAUCGUCCUCUUCGUCGGUCAGAUCCUCGCCCUGUGCAUCACCUCGACCAACACCUUCACGUCCUUCCUCGCCAACAACCACGUCUCCAUCCCGGCCUUCCAGACCGUCUUCAACUACAUCUUGCUCUUCCUCAUCUACUUCCCCGUCACCAUCUGGAAGUACGGCUUCGCCAAGUGGGGCAGGCUCCUCCUCAAGGACGGCUGGAAAUACUUCAUCCUCUCCUUCCUCGACGUCGAGGGCAACUACUUCACCGUCCUCGCCUACCGCUACACCAACAUCCUCUCGGCCCAGCUGCUCAACUUCUGGGCCAUCGUCGUCGUCAUCGUCUUGUCCUUCUUCCUGCUCCGCGUGCGCUACAAGGUCUUCCAGAUCAUCGGCAUCCUCGUCGCCAUCGGCGGCUGCGGCGUCCUGCUCGCCAGCGACCACAUCACCGGCUCCAACGGCGGUCCCGGCCUCGACCUGCUCAAGGGCGACCUCUUUGCCCUGCUCGGCGCCACGCUCUACGGCGUCACCAACGUCGCCGAGGAGUGGUUCGUCAGCCGCCGCCCCGUCUACGAGGUGCUCUCCUUCAUGGGCAUGUGGGGCAUGAUGAUCAACGGCGUCCAGGCCGCCAUCUUCGACCGCGAGUCCUUCCGCGAGGCCUCGUGGAACGGCCCGACCGUCGGCUACCUCAUCGGCUACACCCUGGCCCUCUGCCUCUUCUACAGCCUGGUGCCGCUGCUGCUGCGCAUGGCCAGCGCCGCCUUCUACAACAUCUCGCUGCUGACGGGCAACUUCUGGGGCGUCAUCAUCGGCGUCAACGUCUUCGGCUACGCCGUCCACUGGAUGUACCCCAUCGCCUUUGUGCUCAUCAUCCUCGGCCAGGUUGCCUACUUCCUCGCCGGCAGCAUGCUCGGCGACGCCAAGAAGCCGUGGCUGGGAGACAACCAGGAGAACGGCGUCGCCGGUCUCGGCACGGCGAAGCUCAAGGCCAUCAACGCCGCGCGGAAGCGGCAGAUGGGGGGCGACGUCGACAACGUCCGGGCGAGGCGGGGAUCCGUCGGUUCGGCGGUCUAA